CAAGACUGGCUGAUGACAUUUACGACUUCCAAUGGAAGUUCCAAAGAGGUUCCGUGCCACUAUAGCGACGGUUAUUCGUGGAUAGUGAUUCAGAGAAGAUACAAUGGAUCUAUCUUAUUCAACAGAACCUGGGCAGAGUAUGAGAGCGGGUUUGGAGACCCUCAGAUCGACCUCUGGUUAGGGAACUUUUUCAUCUCUGAGUUGACGAAUGCUGGGUACACCGUUCUCAAGAUAGAUUUAAUAAGUUUUGAAGGAGACAAGAGGCGAAUUGAGUACAACUUCCAGGUAGAAAACCAAACCAACAAGUACAAACUCCACAUUUCCGAACGAAAUUUCAGCGGGAUAGACAGCUUCACCGCUAGUAACCUGGAAAUGUUUUCCACAUUCGACAACGACAACGAUAAGUCAAAGGCCAAGAACUGCGCCGUGGACAUGUUCAGCGGGUGGUGGUACGCUGACCACAAUGCUUGUACCGAGGCUAACCUUAACGGCGUUCAUUGGCCGCAGUUAGUCAACGAUAAGCGGGGCGUCACGUGGGUCAAGUGGAAGGGCACUUGGUCCCUCAAAGAAACAAGAAUGAUGAUUCGAAAACCCUGAUAAUCCAACUAUGUCAGACUUCCCUCUAUUUCUUCUGUUUGCUUCUCUCUUUCUUUCUGUCUCGCUUAUCCCCUUUUGCAUUUUGCAAUGUGUUUGUGUGUGGUUUUCUCUGUUAUCGUUUGUUUCUAGUUUGUCGAGGACCAUAUAUCGCGCAAUAUUACAAUUAUAUUUUUUGCUCAACCAUAGACAAGUAACAACAUAAAAAAAUUGAAAUAUGCAAAACAUGAUAAAAACUAAUAGUUGUCGACCAUUCUAGAUAUACAUGUAUUUGUAUCGUUAGAAACUAUGUAAUAUAGACUGAAACGCUUGUUAGAUUUUAUCCUUCACUUUAUAAGAUAGCUAUUCAUGCUUAGUUUCAUAUUUUCAUUUGUGUGUACAUUUCAAUACUGUUGGUUUAAUAAUAUUCGUUCAAAUCAAUUGUUGUUGAUUUUGUUACGGUA